CGGAGUCUUCAAUUGAAUCACCGAGUGCCCUUUUUCUCGAAGCAAAGGUUAGGUCCAGGCAUCUUAAUUCUACAUCCUAUGUCCCAUAAACCCAUAUACUGAUUUAUUGUAGCUGCGGGAUUUUGCUUCGACUAACAUUGCUUCAAUUCACCAGCGUACUAGUUAAUCUCUCCUUUUGAUAAUCUUGAUUUAGGAUCUUCAAUCAUUCCCUAUUUUGUUGUUGUUGCUAACUAUAGUGGCUUACAUGUAAUGUCCACUUAUUCUUCUUCCUGUCUUCCUUUAUAUUAUUCUUUUCUCCUUUUGAUUUUUCUUCAUCUUCUAAAGAGCUUGCUAUUAAUAUACUUAUCCUGUUCACUUCAAUCUGCCUGUGACUCAAUUUUGCAAGAAGAGAGAGAAUGUUUAGUUCAAAGAAAUCUCCUUUGGAAGUUGCUAAGCCUAGCUAGUGCUGACAGGAACCGGUAUAAGAAUGAUUUCGAUGAAGUAUCAUUCAUAACUUCUUUACUUGGAUUAGCUGAACGCAUUAUAGUCUUGGUUGGGAUGCAAGGAAAAUGUUGGGAGGCCAAAAUUAAGGUAUGUGUGUAGUAGUCUAUCUUUAAAUUCUCA